CCCACUGGGAAGCCCAGGGCUCUAUGGGGCCUCCAUGAAGGCCCCCCUUGCGGGCUGGCUCGAGGGGUCUCGGGAGCCACCAUGAUACAGGAUGCUCCUCUGGGUCCUCUGGGCCCUUCGCUCAGUGCUCUGCUCCUGGGCAGGCUCGCGACCAGUAUGGCCCCCACGCUGGAGGAGGCGUACCGGAGGCGCUGGUGGAUGGCAUGCACGGCCGUGCUGGAGAACCUCUUCUUUUCCGCGGUGCUCCUGGGCUGGAGCUCCCUGCUGAUCAUGCUCAAGAACGAGGGCUUCUAUUCCAGCAUGUGCUCAUCAGCUGAGAACACCACCAACACCAGCCAGGAUGAGCAGCCCCAGUGGCUGAGCUGUAACCAGCAGGAAGAGAUGCUCAACCUGGGCUUCACCAUCGGCUCCUUCGUGCUCAGUGCCACCACUCUGCCGCUGGGGAUCCUCAUGGACCGCUUUGGGCCCCGACCCGUGCGGCUGAUUGGCAGCGCCUGCUUCGCCGCAUCCUGCACCCUCAUGGCCCUGGCCUCUUGGGACACCAAAGUUCUGUCUCCGUUGAUAUUCCUGGCGCUGUCCCUGAAUGGUUUUGGUGGCAUCUGCCUAACAUUCUCUUCACUCACACUACCCAACAUGUUUGGGAACCUGCGCUCCACUUUCAUGGCCCUCAUGAUCGGCUCCUAUGCCUCUUCUGCCAUCACGUACCCGGGAAUCAAGCUGAUCUAUGAUGCCGGCGUGUCCUUCAUGAUCAUCAUGUUCACCUGGUCAAGCCUGGCCUGCCUCAUCUUUCUGAACUGUGCCUUCAACUGGCCGAGUGAAGCCUUUCCCUCGCCGGAGGAAGUCAACUACAAGGAGAAGAUCAAGCUCAGAGGGCUGGCCCUGGAUCACAAGGUGACAGGUGACCGCUUCUACACCUAUGUGACCACCGUGGGCCAGCGGCUGAGCCAGAAGGCUCCCAGCCUGGAGGAGGGGGCAGACAUCUUCAUCUCGUCCCAGGACGUUCGUGACACCUCAGAAAAGUCUGCUGAGAAGUCUGUGCCCUUGCGCAAGAGCCUCUGCUCCCCCAUUUUCCUGUGGAGCCUCCUCACCAUGGGCAUGACCCAGCUGCGGAUCAUCUUCUACAUGGCCGCUAUGAACAAGAUGCUGGAGUACAUCGUGUCUGGUGGCCAGGAGCAUGAGACGGACGACCUGAAACAAAGGGUGACAGAGACAGUUGAGUUCUACUCGUCCGUCUUUGGGGCCAUGCAGCUGUCGUGCCUUCUCACCUGCCCCCUCAUUGGCUACGUCAUGGACUGGCGAAUCAAGGACUGCGUGGACACCCCCACCGCUAGGGACGGGGUGGCCACCAAGUCCGUCAGACCACGCUACCGCAAGAUCCAAAAGCUCACCAAUGCCAUCAACGCCUUCACUCUGACCAACCUUCUGCUCGUGGGUUUCGGCAUCACCUGCCUCAUCAACAACUUACACCUCCAGUUUUUGACCUUUGUCCUGCACACCAUGGUCCGAGGCUUCUACCACUCGGCCUGUGGAGGCCUCUACGCAGCAGUGUACCCGUCCAACCACUUCGGGACACUGACGGGCCUGCAGUCCCUCAUCAGUGCUGUGUUCGCCCUGCUCCAGCAGCCGCUUUUCAUGGCCAUGGUGGGACCCUUGAAAGGAGAGCCCUUCUGGGUGAAUCUGGGCCUCCUGCUGUUCUCACUCCUGGGAUUCCUGCUACCUUGCUACCUCUUCUACUAUCGCACCCGGCUCCAGAGGGAGUACAUCACCCACUGGGAGGGCCCCCUGAAGGUGCUUGGCAGCCCUGAGGUGACUGCCUAGGCCUCUGAGGGGCCUGGGUGACAGGUAGUCAAGGCCUGAGCAGCCAAAGGGAAUGCCUCGUGGCUUUUCUACCUGUAACCUCCGCACAGAGCCAGGCGCCGGGGAUUUAUAAAUACCAAGAGAAGUUCUAUUUUUGUAGGGACUUGUUAAAAAGGAAAAAAAAAAAAAAAAUCCCCAAAGCAGUGCUCCAUUGACUGAAGAUGUCCCCCGUGCUAGGACUGGACCUUCUUGCUCCUGGGAUUGGAGGAGACCAGGGUGCAGCCCUGCCCUUUCUCUGGGCCUAGGGGUCUGCCUGCUGCUGCCUCCUGGGGGCUUGUGGGAUCAGUGAACAGGCGACCCCUGGGAUCUCAGCCGUGCGGUGUCCGGAGUGUGCAGGCGUGUGUGUGUGCAUGUGGGUAUGAAAGUCCCUGCCCCUCAGAGGAAAGGGGCCUGAGGUGCUGGCUACGUCCUGAAUGCUGCCACGUGGGCGGUAAGCCCCUUCCUGAGGCUGGAGGCUGGGUUCCCUCCCUGCUGCUGCUGCUGCUUGCAGAUCUUAGAGGAAAUAAAAAGGGAAGGGAGAGAC